AUGAACUCGCCUGCGCAACGUUCCCUCGACCAACCAAUAAUGUCGCACUCAAACGAAAAAACGGCCCAACCACUGCGCCAUCCUUACCUCAUUGGCAAUUUUGCCCCAAUUCAGAAAACCACCAGCCUCACACCAUGCACAUACAGCGGACGCAUCCCCUCAGAACUCACUGGAGGCCAGUAUGUACGCAAUGGAGGCAAUCCCGUCAGCCACGAAGAUCUUGGUAGAGAUGCCCACUGGUUUGACGGUGAUGGGAUGCUUUCUGGGGUCGCAUUUCGAAAGAUGUCUCCUGAUGGCGUAGUCGUUCCGGAAUUUGUGAAUCAGUAUAUCCUUACCGAUCUAUACCUGUCCAGGAAGACAACAUCUGUGAAAUCAGCGAUCAUGCCAAGCAUCACCACACUCGUCAACCCACUAUCGACUAUGUUGAGAAUUGUACUGGCCACUUUCAGGACGAUGUUCUUGGUAUUGCUUUCAAAUCUCCCAGGAUCGCAACAAUCCCUGAAGCGCACCAGUGUAGCCAACACAGCUCUCGUGUACCACGAUGGCAGAGCUUUGGCCACAUGCGAAAGUGGUCCGCCCAUGCGCAUACAGCUUCCCUCACUGGAUACUGUCGGCUGGUAUAGUGGAGUUGAAGCUGAGGGCGAGUCCAAAGAUCCUGCACUCAACGAAAAUGACUCCCCUUUCGGCGGCGACGGCCUGUUUAAAUCCAUGAAGGAAUGGACUACAGGACACCCUAAAGUUGAUCCCAUCUCUGGGGAAAUGAUUCUAUACCACAACACAUUUUUACGGCCUUAUGUACACUAUUCUGUACUUCCUCAACGCAACGAGAAAACUAGCAUUGAAAGCAGGCUUGUAAAUCUACCUGUUUCCGGUGUAUCUGGAGCAAAGAUGAUGCACGACUUUGGAGCGUCUCGAGCGCACACGAUAAUCAUGGAUCUACCACUUAGUCUUGACCCUCUUAACCUUUUCAAGGGCAAAGAGGUUGUUUCCUAUGACUCCACGAAACCCUCGCGCUUUGGAGUCUUUCCGCGUCAUGAUCCCUCCAAUGUGCGGUGGUUUCAUACAGCACCAUGCUGCAUAUUCCAUACCGCGAACACGUGGGACACACUAUCUAGUGACGGAAUCAGCUCUGUUAAUCUCCUCGCCUGUCGGAUGACCUCUUCCACUGUAGUAUACACUGCGGGAAACAUCCUGCCUCCUGUCGUCACAAAGACUUCCGGAGUGCGAGUCAAAGGUACAAAACAAGAUGUGGAUCGUUGGGCUGUGGAGGGAGAUGCUGCAUGUCGAUACGAAGAAGCUCCACUUCUCGAGUCACCAGGCGAAAAGACUGGUUCAGCCGAUUACUUCUCUACCAGUGACGAGUUUGAUGACUACGCUCAGUGCAGACUUUACUACUACGAGUUCGACAUGACAACCAAGUCACAAAACAAGGUUAAACGUCAGUGGGCCCUUUCCGCGAUACCCUUUGAGUUCCCUUCUGUCCGUCCGGAUCGCCAGAUGCAACAGGCUCGCUAUAUCUAUGGGUGCAGCACAUCAGCAUCCAGCUUCAGCGUCGCAUUAGGAAGAGCGGAUAAGAUUGAUCUACUUGUCAAGAUGGAUGCAAAGGCUCUCAUUGAGAAGGGAAAGAAGAUGAGAACUACCUCCGUUACGGGCUGUGUCGACAGGCGCACAGUUAGUGAGAUUCCAUACGAACAGGAAGAUGACGAUCCAGUGCACAUCUUCCGCCUACCACCAAAUCACUACGCGCAAGAACCUCGUUUCAUCCCAAGAUCUUCGUCGACUGAAGAAGAUGCUGGCUACCUCUUGUUCUACGUAUUUGACGAAUCUCAGAUCUUGCCUUCUGGCGACUGUCCACCGUCUUCAAUAUCUGAGCUGUGGGUUCUCAAUGCCCAGAACAUGCGUGAUGUUGUGGCGAAGGUGAGGCUUCCGCAAAGAGUGCCGUAUGGUCUACACGGAACGUGGUUUUCCAGCAGCGAUAUUGAGGAGCAGAGAGCUGUUGAGUCGUUCAGAAACUUGGAGGUGGUGCAGAAGAAGAAAGAGGCCUGGGUAAAUGGGGGCUUGGUGAGACGAUCAUGGAUGACUGUGAGGGAAAAGUUGGAGAAAUCAGUGGGAUGA